GAUCAGUACCUCAAGAAAGUGUUCAGGGUUGAUCGUGAGUACGUCGGCGGUGAGGCUCUCUUCGGGGAAGUGGGCCACUGCAUGUACGCUCACCACGAGGAUCAGGAGAUCAGCAUCUUAGACGAUCAGAUGACUAACAGGCGCGUCCCAGUCAGCGCGGUCGUUGAGGCGAAUGAGACGUUGCCUAAGCCGAAAGCACUUCUGACGCGAAAGCACGUGAGCAAGAAGAUGAACUAUCAGAUGCUUGGCAGACUCGGCAUCACG